AUGGGCACGGUGUUUAGUGGGCUUACGAAAGAGGACAUGAAGACAGUGAAGAAAACCGGAUGCAGGCUUCCGUCUGAGCAGAUAGAAAUACUCUACAAGCGGUUCAAAGAGCUGGACAAGGAGGAGAUCGGGCGCGUGUACAUGGAUCAGCUGCUCUGCAUACCCGAAAUAAGCAUCAAUCCGCUGGGAGAAAGAGUUGUGAGAAAAAUAUGCGGAAAAGACGGGAAAAUCGACUUCAAGGGAUUUGUGCUGGCAAUUACCGUGUUUAGCAAGUACUCCACAAACGAAGAAAAAGUAAACUUCUUUUUUGAGCUGAUAGCAACAGACGGAACCAUAACGAAAGAGAGCCUGCAGGACAUAGCAAAAGACCUCUACGCGGGCGACGAGGACAUGGAAGGGGUCAACCUGGGAAUCGAUGAAGUGUUUAGAGUGUACGAUCGAGAGCACAAAAAUUUUAUUGAGUGCAAGGACUUGAAGAAGAUGGACUGCAAUGCUCUGGGAAACAUAUUUUGA